AUGUCUUUAACAAAUGAUACAGUAUUAGAAACAUCCAUGCUUUCAUCAUCACAAAUUAAUAUUGAAAAAAAUCGUCGAUCAUUAAAACGUUUUCGUCCAUCAGUUCAAUGUAAUCAUAUUAAUAAACAAACUAAUGAACAAUGUACAGCUGAUGGUUUUAUGGAAUGUGUUCAUUGUGAUCAAAUAUGUUGUCUUAUUCAUAUAACUCAACAUCAAGAUGAAUUAAAACAUUUACGAGAUAAUCUUGUUGAAGAAGCUAGUGAAACUUAUAUUACAUUAAGUGAAAUGCAAGCUACUGAUUCUCGUGAACAACUUCAAUCAAAUUUAGCUCUAUGGAAAAAACAAAUGUUGAAUAAAAUUGAACGAAUUUACGAUAAACUUCUUGAGGAUAUAGAACAAUCAUUUAUAAAAGUUAGUUCCAAUUUUGAAUUAACAAAAAAAACUCUUGCAAAUGAAUUUGAAGAAAAUAUUUCAACAAAAUUAGAACGUCUUUCAACAAAAUGUGAUUUUUAUCCUCAUGAACUUGAUGAAUUAAGAUUAGCAUUAAAUGAAAUGCAUAUCCGUAUACGUGAAGCACGUACAUCAAUAAUAAAUAUUGAUUUUGGUAAUGGAAAUACUUGUUUAUUAGAUAAUGAUGAUACAUUUGAAUAUAAUAAUAAUAUUGAAUCACCAAAAAUAAUAAUACAAACAAAACCUGAUAUUGAACGUAUUCUGAAUGGUUCUUAUCUUAGACAAUUUAAUAUUGAAAUUGAUAAUGAUUCUAAUCAUAUUCCACUUUUAUAUGAUACAUCAAAUAAACAUUUACUCGUUUGUAAUAAUGAAAGUAAUACUAUUGAAUUAUUUAAUCAUGAAGAACGUAUUGGUGGAGGUUUUUGGUCAAAGGAAUAUUCAUUAAUAACAUGUAUUAAAUGGUGUCCAUAUUUAAAUACAUUUCUUGUUCUUUGUUCUCAAUCACUUUAUGCACUUAACUGUUCUCAAGAACCAUUUAAUAUUUAUCCAAUUACACAAAUAAAACCAAUAAAUGGUAAUCCAAUGAAAUAUAUUAGUGUAAAUAAUGAUUUAUUAUUAAUAAAACAUGGUCAUGGUUUAUUUAUUGAUAAUUAUUCAUUAGAAAAAAUGGAAUUACUUAAACGUUGGUCAAAACAAGAUUUUUAUCCAAAUAAUGAAAAUACAAUUGAUAUUCAUCGUAUUGAAUUAUAUUCAAAUUUUUAUCUUGCAAUGAAUGUUGAAAUAAAUGAUGAUAAUGAUGUUUUAGAUUUAUUUAUUGUUCCAAAUAUACAACAUAUACGAAGAUUAGAAAAUUCAUAUUUAAUGCUUUAUUUACCAUUAAAUAAUUAUUGGAUAAUUAAACAAAAACAAGAUAAUAAUCAAAUCGAUUUAUGUCUUUUAGAUCAAAAUGGACAUAUUGAUCAAUUAAAUAUAAUUAAUAGUGAAAAUAUUAAUAGUAUACGUUCAUUUGGAAAACAUUUUCUAUUAGUUACACGACAAAAUAAAAACUCUAUUCAAAUGCAAUUAUUUCAUAUUGAUAAAUUCUAA